GGUUUUGUCUAUAGUCAUGGCUGCAGUGCUGCCACCUGUGGGACGAUAGAUGUAAUGUAGUGGAUGUGACGUCAUUGACAUUACUCUACUGUCCGACGGGAAUGGGAAAUCAGAAAUGGCUGCGAUAGGUAGUGGACGGGGAACGAUGGAUUCCCAAAAUCAAGUGCAAAGUGAUACAACUGUAGACCGUUUAAAAUUACUUUAUCCAAAUGUGAAUGAAGAAGAAACCCCUUUGCCGCGAUCAUGGAGUGCCAAGGACAAGUUCAGCUACAUCGGGCUGUCGCAAAAUAAUCUCCGAGUGCACUACAAAGGUGGGACGCAGGGUCCGGGACGAAGACCCCACCUGCCAUAUCUCCACUUACGCCUCUGGAUGUAUCGCCAUGGCAAAACACACAAGGACGCGGCGAGUGUCCGCGCCACACACCCCAUACCUGCAGCCUGCGGGCUGUACUACUUCGAGGUGCGGAUCGUGUCCAAGGGUCGCGACGGGUACAUGGGCAUCGGCCUGUCGGCGCACGGAGUCAACAUGAACAGACUGCCAGGUUGGGACAAGCACUCAUACGGCUACCAUGGCGACGACGGGCACUCGUUCUGCUCGUCCGGCACCGGCCAGCCGUACGGGCCCACGUUCACCACCGGCGACGUCAUCGGCUGCGGCGUCAACCUCGUCGACAACACCUGCUUCUACACCAAGAACGGCCACCAUCUGGGCAUCGCCUUCCGGGGCCUGCCGCCCAACCUGUACCCGACGGUGGGCCUGCAGACGCCGGGCGAGGUGGUGGACGCGAACUUCGGGCAGCAGCCGUUCGUGUUCGACAUCGAGGACAUGCUGCGCGAGCUGCGCGCGCGCACCCGCCUCACUAUAGACGAGUUCCCGCUGCCCGACGCGCAGGGUCAGUGGCAGCAGGUGUUGCACAGGAUGGUAUCCACAUACCUGGUGCACCACGGGUACUGCAGCACAGCCACCGCCUUCUCCCGCGCCACCGGACAGCCCAUACAAGAAGACAUACAGUCCAUUAGGAACAGACAGAAAGUAUCGAAGUUAGUGUUAUCGGGUCGCAUCGGCGAAGCGGUGGAACUCACUCGGAAACUGUACCCGGGACUCCUGGAGCGGGAGAAGGAGCUUCUGUUUCUUCUGCAGUGCAGGCAGUUCGUGGAGAUGGUUAACGGCACGGAGCAGGGGGAGGCCGGUGCGGCGCUGGCGGAGAACGGCGCCAGCAACGGCGUGGCCACCUCCGUCAUCUCGCACACCAGCCGCGCGCCCAGGCACACCAACGGAGUGUCCUCGGGCGGGUCUCGGGCGGGGAAGGACUCGGACGUGGAGAUGUCGCCGGAGCCCGACCCGCACGACCCCGCCGCGCACGCGCACGCGCACGCGCACGCGCACGACCCCAACGGUGCGGAGCCGGUCAAGGGCAUGCCCGGCGUCACGGCCAGCGUGCACCAGCUCAUGCCAGACUUCCACAAGGACGCAGAGGGUUGCGGCAACCGCGCCUCCGUGGAGAGGAUGCUCGCUUUCGGACGCGAACUGUACGCGGCCAGCCAGAAGCUGAGCCAGGACAACUACCACAAAGCCAUGCUGGAAGACGCGUUUAGUUUAUUGGCGUAUAGUAAUCCAUGGGACAGCCCCGUGGGUUGGCAGCUUCAGCCCGUGAGGCGCGAGGCGGUGUGCGAGGCGCUCAACUCUGCCAUAUUAGAAUCAAUGGGCAUGCAGUGGACGUCGCCGGUGGAGGCGUGCGUGGCGCACUCGCGCGCGCUGCUGCGCCGCAUGUCGCGCGCCGGCCUCGGCGCAUGCGCCUUCGCCGACCUGCCCGCCCUCCUGCGCCGCUGACUGUACCCGCCCGGGGCCACACCUACACACCGCGGCCGGACAGGAGCCGGGCGCCGCCCCCGCGCCCCCCGCGCCCCUCGCGCCCCCCGCGCCCCCCCUCCCCGGUAGCGGCCAUCAGGGCCGUGAGGAACGAUCCAGUGUUUAAUAACACCUAUUAUUCUAUUAAUGUCACACUUUUCACAUGUACCUAGCUGUUGACUUGGCUGUUAGUACGAUUUUCUCGGAGGAUGCAAAAUGCUCAAUAACACUUCUUGUGUUCAAGUUAUUACACACUGGAUCGUUCCGAUAUAAUGCCGACUUUACUUUCGAUUGCAUAAUGUAGUAAAAGCGACACAAUUUUUUAAACCUCUUCCCGUUUGCCCCUGCCGCAUGUGUUAAUUGUUCCCAUUAGACGCUAAAGAGUGGGAAUAAAUAGAAAUAGGCCUUCCGGAGUCAUACAAUUGAUCAAAAACGUAGCCAAAAUAAGUUUUUUAAGAAAAUUCAUUAAAAAAUGUUAAUUGGAAAUUCCUGUAGUUUGGUAAAAGAAAGAAGGUUUUGAACUGACAAUAAAAUUAUUAUAGCCCAAGGAAACAUUACAUAACUCUUUAGCUAUCUCAUUCCUCAUAAUUACAAUAUACUUUCAUCAGAGAAAAUUAACAAAGAAAGAAGCGCAAGUCAGAUUUAUGAAAGUGAAAGCUAUAUGUAUAUGACGGUAUCUUUGGAAAAUUGAUUUAUUAAUUUAAAUCUUUGUCAGAAAAACAGUUUUUUUUGUCAUAAAAAAAUAACUACAUACUUUCAACCCGUUCAGUCGCCAUCACAUAUAUCGGAGCGGCCCAGGUUCUCAAAAAUAUCUAAACGCACUUUAACGUCUUUUUAAUAGUCUCUCAGUUCAGAUAUUUGUGAACACCUCGGCCGCUCCGAUAUAACCGAUAAAGGCCUAUAAAAAACAGUAAAUUAUGGAUAGAACUAUUUGUUCUGCAAAUUUAAACAAAAACUUUUACUUCAAUAUGCAAUCUCAGGCGUGGACAAUGUGACGUGCGGGGGAGAAGAAGCCGAGUGACUUUGUAAAUAAAGAUCAAUUUACCUUAACGAAUUAACGCACACUCAAUGCCUUAAGUGACGUGUGAAGUGAACAAGUGAGUGAAGGACUUUACGAGUACGAGUGAUCGAUGUGGUUUAUUUUUAAAUAAUGACUGCGCUGGUUACGGUGAAUCUAGAAUUGGUGAUACGUGAGAUAUUUUAACAUAUUUUAUAUUAAUAGUUGGUACAAAUAUCAAUACACUGCACAUUUUAUUUCAUGUAUCGGGAAGAGGUAACUUUUUGCUGUCAAAAUUAUUGACAGAAAAAUUAGAUAUCGAUAUCCGAGAAAGUGGUACCAUUUGCCUGAGAACACAUGUGGAUGUAAAAAAGCUGUAUUAUUUUUCAUUAUAGUGUUGAUUUUGAGAUAAAAUGAGAUUUCUUUGAAUUUACCCUAACAGCAGCUCUUAUAUAGGCUACAAAUUCUACAAGUCCAGAUUACUUAUUCUAGAUUCACCAGCAGCCUCCUUGUAAUAAUAAAUAAUAGCGUUGGUCCAUAUUGUUGGUUCGUCAAUCAAUUUUUGUAUAAGUUUUAUGCGUAGGUAUAGACUGGCGAGCGCCAGUCGCAACUCCCAGUCGCACAACGCUGCAGUCGCGUUUACAACUUAAACAUCAUUUCUAUAAAAGCUAAAGACGAAUAAAUAAGUUUUUUGACAAAAAUUUAAUUUUUGAUACAAGCUUAUUGCUGACUGCACUUCUCUUUCAACAGGCACUCAUCGAGACAAUUCUAUCAAACCCAAACACAAUUAGGUUGCGUUGUUUUACCACAGAGUUCCUAUGGCCACCUUCUGUCUCCAUCAAACCACUUCGAUGGUACCAUAAUAUCGCAUUGUCACACAACUUACAUAUGUGUGUGAAGUUUUAUUUCGUCGUCAUAUCGUCCAUUUGACUUAUGGCUCAGUUUCAUUGGUCGAUAGGGCCCCGCAUGCGGGGUGCGGGUGAUUUCCAAAAUGUAUGCCAUAGGGCCCGCAUUCGGGGAACUGUUUUAAUUGGUCGAUAGGGCCCGCAUGCGGGGUGCGGGAGAUUUCUAAAACGCUUGCUAUUAUGAGUUUCACUAGUCGUUACACCGCCUUACCGCCCGCGGGGAGUCGGAACUAUCGACUUGUGAGUUUCACUAGUCGUUAUACCGCCUUCGGGAAAUCCUCCAAUGAAACUGAGUCAUUAAGGGGUUAAAAUAAAGUUGAAUGAGAAUACAAUAGUAUAACUUAGUUUGCCAUAAUCAGUUUUUGUUUGUAAUAUUAGCACCAAUGUGACUGCAUGCGUUGUGCGUCCGGCUGUACGUGCAUAGUGUAAAGAUAUAUUUAACAAGAGAAGGACAGAGCGUAGAAUAAAGCAGCGAUAGAGCGGGCGGGGCCUAACGUCGGUGAAAUAGUGAGGCGUUUUCUUCAUUUAUAUAUCAUAUGGUUAUGUAAAUUAACACCGAAAUAUAAGACUAAAACAUAAAAUGGGUCAAUAUCACUGGCGCUUCUAACGAUUAAUUUCAAUUUGUAUCAAUUGAUGUAUGUAAAAAUAUGUUUUUUAUGUCUAAAUAAAUGCGAACGGUAUGACAAUGGCUUAUUUCAUACAUAUUUUGAGAUAUGCGUGAUUAUAAAUUAACGGUCUCAUAUCUGUCUACGAAUACCUAUGAAAUGUGUUCAUAACGAUAGUUAAUAAUUAAAACAAAUGUGUAAUCAAUAAUCGUACUUUGGCUGGGUCUGUUUGUUUGUAUAAAUUUUUAUAAAACCCAGAAUAGCUAAGUAUAUUAACAUACGUACAUACGUUAUCCUUUUGAACGUCAAUAACAUCUAAAGUGGUAGUAAGCUAUCGUAUAGUUUCUAUAUUUGUCAAACUAAGCUUACACUAAUUUGUAUCUUCUCAAUUUGCAAUAAUAGAUAUGAAUUAACUAAUUAAGCGACGUUCAAUUGUUUAUAUAAGAAAAUAUUAUUCAACCUUAAAGAAAUCGCUUUAUUACCUUAAGUCAGACGCGAGCCCCGCCAAGAUUAACAUAGUUAUAUGGUACGCCAGAAUCCCGCGUGUAUAUGCUUAGUAUAGUGCUGCCCUCGCUCCGCGUCAUAUAUCGCAGGCGCAUGGUUUCCCGAUGUACCGCGGGGGCUAUUCCGCUCUGCGUCGAUGUCGAUGUCGCGGCUGCUCCGGGGGCGGGGGCGGGGGCGGGGGCGGGGGCGGGGGCGGCGGCGGCGGCGGCGACGCGCUGCAGAGAUCGAAACCAGCAAUAAAUUGGGGCGUUUUUAGAAAGUUUCUUAUUAGACCUUUGGAAAUGUUAUUUAUACUUCAAAAUACUCGUAUAUUUUAUUUGUUAUCUUAAUUUACGUUCUUUAAAAGCUAUUACAUUAUAUUUACCUAUUUUACUGACCUGUAAAACAUUAACUUUUACCAAUAAAUGUCUUGUAUCUUGUAUUUGGAAGAAUAGAAAAACGACAGCAAUCAAUGUCAUUGUCGGUCGGACUAGCAUCUCGAAAUUAUAACUACAACAAUUUGCUAAUAAAUCAUAGUUGCCAACAAACAAAGUAAUAUAGUUCUUACUGUUCUAAUCUUGGCAGUUAGAGAUACGGGUGCAAUGCUGAUACCUACAUAUAAACCUUCCUCUUGAAUCACUAUCUAUUUUUAAAAAAAACCGCAUCAAAAUCCGUUGCGUAGUUUUAAAGAUCUAAGCAUACACAGGGACAGACAUCCAUCCAGACAGCAAGAAUAGUAUACAUAGUGACUAGUAUGAUAUUAAAGGAUCAUGAUCUCUCCUACUGGUUAAAUUCGAUUUAUUUUCUCCAAUUAUAAAUAAAUAACCAUAACAUUUACAAAACAUAAAAUAAUAAUAAAACCUAUCUCUAAAAACGCCCUCUAGCUUUGUGUGUAAACUUGUAACUAUGUAUAACGAAGCUUCAUGUAUAUAUCAGCGUGUUGUAUGUACUGUACGCUUGUCGUGUCGUGUCCGUGUCGUGCCGUGCGACGCGCCGCCGCCGGGACUGUAAAUGAUCCACAAUAUUGUUCUUAUAUUGUAUUGUUUUCUUUUUUAAUAAUAUAUUGUGUUUAAACGGC